ACAUUCCCGCCAUUUCUACAUUCCCGCCCCCCAUCUUUUCUUCUGUCUGUCUGUCUAUCCCCAACGCAUGUUAGAUCUCAUCUUCAUCUUCAACCUCCACAAACCCUAAUUCUCUCUGCUUUCUCUAAAUUCAAUGUCGGACGCCAUUGAUUUCUCCAAAACACACCGCAUAGUCCUUCUCAUCGACCUCAACCCCUUACUCCAAAACCCUAACCCUAAUUACAUUACCUCCAUUCUCACCACCUCCAACAUCUUAUUAUCCUUCAAUCCUCUUCAAUCCUCACUCUUCUCCUUCAAAUUCUUCUUCUCCUCUCUCUCUCCUCUCCUCUCCGCCUCCACUCUCCACCGUCUCCUCCCUCACCACUCUUCCCCUUCUCUCUCCUUCAAUUCCCCUUCUCAAACCCUACUUUCUCUCUCUAAAACCCUCACUUCCAUAUCCUCUUCAUUUUCCUCCACUCAAUUAACGUUUUCGCCUUCGAACUCUUCGCAUACGGUCGCCUCGUUGCUUCAGCUCGUUCGUGAUAACCACUGGGAGUCUGAUGUUGAUACUAGUUCAGGUAAAUUGAAUAAUGAUUAUAUUAAUGUUAGGUCGAAUUUGGUUAUUAUGUUGUCCCCCGGUUGUAGAUCGUUGAAUUCGCUAGCUGAGUUUAUGUGUGUUGAUGUGGAUGAGAAUUGUAGUUUAGACGUUUGUCGAGCGAGGUUUCGUGAAUGUUUUCGUGCAGUUAAUGAUGUGUUUAAUGGGAGGGAUAUUCAUUUUUGUUGGGUUGAUGUUUGUCAAGGGGAAGGGGAAAUUGGGAGUAAUGGUAUUGCUGUUAUUGGUGAUGAUGUUAGGAAGUUUGGUUGGGGAUAUUGUUUGGCGGAAUCGAUUGUUUUGGGUUCGGCUCUUGUUUCGUUUGGGUUGGUUUAUCCUAAUAUUGCAGUGUCAUCUAGGUUGGUAGGAAGUUGUGGAUUAGAUAAGGCGAUUCGGGGGCAGUUGAAUCUUGAAAUUUUAGAUGUUAGUGGUAAGCCUUUAGAGUGCAAGUUUUGUGAUCUUGAAUUGAUGCAUUUGAAAGGAUCGUCUAAGUCUAGAUUUGAUGACACCGGGAGCUCAAAAGGUCAAAAACUCAGUUUUGCGAAUGAGUUUUUGGGUAGUUUAUAUGAUGGAAGCUUGAUAUUGCGUGUCACAGCAGUUGGGAAGUACACCAAGUAUGAAUAUUCUGAAGUUUUUGUUGUUUGGUCUGCGGGAUCUGGCAAAAAAGGGAAGGAUGGGUUAGACAAUAUUUUUGCAGAAAAGGUUCUCGACCUACUUGCAGGAGAAAGUUCUGGGUUAUUUGAGAAAAAGACUGUUCCUACUUGGCAGAUUUUUCUUAGUUUUCUUUAUAGAGAAGGUUAUUGGGCUUUGCUGUCGUUAUCAAAUAGUAACGGAGAUUCUUACACGGGGAUUCUCAAGCCGUUUACAGUUCAUUCAGCUGCUCUAUUCCUUCUGGAUAAUAACCAUUCUUUUACUCAAAGUUCUGGUGGAACAAAGCUUCUCAUGACCGAGAAGUUUUCUCAUGGGGACACUGAUUUUCAAAAGUGCGCUUCGCCAUCAGGGAAAUAUGUUCAUGUAGGUGAUGGAAAGAGAAGAAAGAUGAAAAAACAUGCAUAUCAGGACCUCACAUGGAGCUCGUUCUGCAAGGCGGCGUAUGAGUUUUUGGAUGUGGACUUAGCAGAGGUUUACUUUGCCAAUGGGUUAAAAAAGUCGAAGAAGUUAAAGUUUCUGAAAUGCUGGAUGAAAGAAGUGAAAAAACACAUGUUAAAUAACAUGCCACAUGGACUCUGCCAAACAGGUCCAGAUUCAAAUACACAGAAAGAGACAAAUGUCAAUGACGGUUUGACCGGAAGCUACGGAGAAAAUGACGAACUUUUGUCAAGGCAUAUGUGUUCUGAUCAGUCAAGAAUGCAGGAUGGUGCUGCUAUAGUUUCAUGUUCAGAAACCGUAGAAUCGUUUUUCAGUAAUUUACCUAGGAAAAUUCAACACGGUCUUGAAUCUGAUGGGAUGGAUUUGAAGAUCUUGGCAGAGAGACUUGUAACUUCGUCCAUUUAUUGGAUACGGCUAAAGCAUGAAGCCAUGGAAAAUCUUGACGAAUCCUGUACCGCACAAGUUGCUGAGAUUAUUAAGUUACUACUACGUGAGCCCAAAGAUUUGAAAGAACACAAGGAUAAUAAUGCAGGUUCUUCUUCGAAGUACCUAGUCCAACAAUAUGAAUUACAAAUUUUCCUCCGUCUGGAGAUACUUCAGUCAGAAUAUGCCGGAAGUAUCAAGGGGUCUGUGAAGAUGAAACUAGUGAAACAAAUUUGCUCACUUUUGGAGAUCGUUCAGUUUCUUGUGGAAGGAGGUUUUCAUGGUGGUGUGAGCCUUUACGAUUAUGUCGAGAGAACCAUAAAAACAAGGUAUUCGCAGAAUCUUGGAGAUGUGGUGGACAAAAUCUAUGAUCAAAUGGACCUGUUGCCAUUUGGUGAAGAAAACGAAGAUCAAGCUCUCAUGUUCAACAGUGAGGAUAGCAAUCAAUCAUGGAGAGAGAAACACGAUAAGAUUGACCUGUCAGCAAGUAAGAUGAUUCAAGAUUCAUUAUCUAUAGAAGAUGAAUCUUGUCAUCAACUUGAAAAGGCCAACACGAGUCAUGAAUGUGAAACACAAGAGGAUCAUGAACAGAAAUUAAAUGAGGCUCGUGAGAGGAGAGAACGGGCUAGAAGGUUUGUAUCGUCUAGUAGUCGAAUGCCGGAUUUGCAACGUGUUUGGGCUCCAAAGCAUUUGAAGCCCAAGAAAGUCAAACACGAGCCCAAAAGCAAGAAACAUAGGAGGGGUAGUUAUAGUGUUGUUUGUGAGACUCCGUUGACGGGUAACAAACCUUCACGUGCUACUCAACAAAAUAAAGGUGAAAGGAGUAAUCCGGUUUCUAAGGCAUUAUUUCAAGAUGAUAAGUGAUUAAACAGGAGUAAUUACUAAUCAAGCUCACGGCGCUCAAAGUGAGUCGUAUAUUGUCUUGUUAUAUGCUCUGUAAAGUUAUAAAGUUAUGUAACAUGAAAAGGUUUUCAGUUAUCUGUGAUGGGUAAUUCACAGGAUAACUCUCACAUCUGGGGUUCAGACUAAAAGUUAUGUUGUUAAGUGUUUUUAGGAACUUACAUAUUGACUUUUGAACUUAGAUUAGGAACUCUCAUGCCUAAUGGUCAUGUUGAUCAAACAAGACUUUUGAACAGUUGUGAAAGACACAUUGUGUGUUAAUUAUGUAUGGACAUAUUGCCUUAGCACGGUAUAUUGCUCUCACAUUAUUGAAAGUUAAUUUUAAAUGUUGCCAAA